AUGUACAAUCACAGGCGUGAAACCUAUAUCAAUGAUAAAGAGGUUAUGAAUGAGUAUUUCUUCAAACAUCCUGACCUUGAAAUCUUUCAAGAAUGUGGCCCUGAAUUUCAAGAACUUACUAGAGAAUUGCUUGAUGACAGGCUUGCCACUGACCAGUUUGCAAUUGAAUAUCAUGCAAUGAUAUCUGAAAUGAGAGAAUCUUCUGUGAUAAAUUCAGAAACUGGAGAAAGUUCAUCAUCUUCUGCAAUAAACCUGUCAGUCUUCAGAAGUAUCAAUCAUGCAAAAAAACACUCAAAACCAGAGAAUAUUGAUGAGAAUAUUCAAAAUCUGACUGCAGCUGUAAACAGCCUCAGUCAGGUUAAUGUGUAG